AUGGACCCCAACUGCUGCUGCGCCGCUGAUGGCUCCUGUGCCUGCGCUGGUUCCUGCAAGUUCAAAGAGUGCAGAUGCACGUCCUCCAAGAAGAGCUGCUACUCCUGCUGCCCUGUGGGCUGUGCCAAGUGUGCCCAGGACUGUAUCUGCAAAGGGGCAUCAGACAAGUGCAGCUGCUGUGCCUGA